AUGCACACACAGCACGACGUUUAUCAAUCUCGCGACAGGCGAGCAUGGACGGAAGAGGAAGACGAGAUGUUACGCUUAGCGAUUGAAAUAGAGGAUCCCAAUGCUCAUCCCCCGACUCGCUGGCAUGCCAUCUCACAGCAUAUACCACACAGGACAAACAAAGAUUGUCGCAAACGAUGGUGGGCACAGAUGGCCUCGAGCGUGUCGAAGGGCUGCUGGACCGGCGAUGAGGAUGAGCGCCUAUGCAACGCCGUUGCCGAACUUGGUCACAAGUGGGCUCUUGUGGCAAACAGAGUAGGGACUAGGAAUAGUGGGCAAUGCGCCAAGCGCUGGAAUGAUGCCCUCAAUCCGUCCAUCGACCGUAGCCGCUGGAGCCAUGAAGAGGACGAGCGGCUUCUGAAGGCCGUUUCGGAGCUAGGACACUCAUGGGCCACCAUAGCUCGGACAUUACUUCCUGGACGUACUGGUCUUGCUGUCAAGAAUAGAUACAAUCACCUUAUACGCGGUGCAUCUCGCAAUGCAGAGAAAUCGGGUCAUCAAGUAUCUUCUGUUUCAAAAAGGAGAUCCCGAAACUUCUCCGUGUCGUCAUCAUCUGCCGCCAGCACCACAUCGUCUACAGAGAGCCUCGAUGAACAUAUGCUCUCCUAUUCGCCCGAUUCUUUGACGACAAUCGUGUCCUCUGGUUCAUACGAAAUGCACGCCUCAUACGAUGUCGCUAGGGGAGCCAUGCCAGGCGAACACUGGAUGGACUCGUCCAUUCAUGAGGCCGACAUCGCCAUAUAUUCUCCUACACCCUUGCCGGCAUCCGACUUCGUGGGACAUCCUUCCCGUAGCCACAUUUCCGACUCGCUAUAUGAGCAAUCUCACGCGAAUGCAUCCGCUUCUGCGUGGAUGUUCUACGAACAGCAUCCGACCUCGGCAUUGUAUCCAUGCGCGGCAUCUGAACCACUUGGCACGAUGGGAACACCACUCGAUCAGCCAAUGCAGUCACCUCACGUUCUCAUGCCAGGGAUGUACGUGCCUAUGACCCAUACUACAACAGACCAGGCGUACGGCUACGAGACACCACACUACCACCACUCGGGCUUGUCAGGAACACUGUCAGAACCUACCAGCCCAUCCGCGCAUGGUCUGGCUAUACCGAACCAGUGGUCGGCGUGGAUCCCUCCAGCCCACUCUUACUGCUACACUCCAUGA